AUGUUAAACCUCGAGUAUUCAACUUCCCUACUCUUUUGCCUCCUUCCAUUACUUCUCUUCAUCUUCAUCAAAUUGAGUUCCAUUUUCGCAAACCCUUCCUCAUCCAAGUACUCCGGCAAGCUUCCGAGAUCAUACCCAUUGAUAGGUUCUUCCUUCGCAAUCCUCGCGAAUCGAAACCGACGCAUUCAAUGGACAUCAGACAUUCUCAGGGACUCACCCACUUCAACCUUCGUCCUCCACCGCCCUUUUGGUUACCGCCAAGUCUUCACCGCCAACCCUUCCAAUGUCCAGCACCUCCUCAAGACCCAUUUCCACCAGUACCAAAAGGGAGACAUCUUCCGCACAACCCUCUCCGACCUCCUGGGCGACGGCAUCUUCAAUGCCGACGGCGAGAGCUGGAAGUUCCAGAGACAAGUCUCCAGUCACCAGUUCAACACCAAGAGUCUACGUAAUUUCGUCGAAAACGUGGUGGACGUAGAGCUCUCCGAUCGUCUCCUCCCCAUCCUCUCCGCCGCCGCCAAAAACACCACCGUCCUCGACUUCCAAGACGUUCUUCAGAGAUUCGCAUUCGACAAUAUCUGUAAAAUCGCAUUCGGGUACGACCCUGCUUACCUGUUACCUUCCAUGCCGCCGGCGAGAUUCGCAGAGGCUUUCGAAAAUGCGGUUCGGAUCAGCAGCGAGCGGCUUAAUUCUGCUCACCGUCUCAUCUGGAAAACCAAAAGACUCCUCGGUGUUGGAUCAGAGAAGAAACUCCAAAUAGCUGUCAACGAAGUCCGCGAAUUUGCUAAACGUGUCAUCAAAGGAAAGAAAAAAGAACUCAGUGACAAAUCAUCACUCGAAUCUGUAGAUCUGCUAUCGAGAUUCUUGAGCUCCGGUCAUUCGGACGAAAAUUUCGUCACGGACAUUGUCAUCAGCUUUAUUUUGGCGGGAAGAGACACCACAUCUGCCGCUUUAACAUGGUUUUUCUGGUUGGUCUCCUGUAAUCCAGAGGUUGAAGAAGAGAUUCUAAGAGAGAUCAGAGAGAAGUCGGAUUCGCCGGUUUAUGACGAAGUGAAGGACAUGGUUUACACACAUGCUGCGUUGAGUGAGAGCAUGAGACUUUACCCGCCGGUUCCUACGGACACCAAAGAAGCAAUGGAGGACGACGUUUUGCCGGACGGGACCGUUGUGAAGAAAGGGACGAGGGUUAGUUAUCAUCCUUAUGCAAUGGGGAGGUUGGAGAGGUUGUGGGGGUCAGACUGGGCGGAUUUCCGCCCGGAGAGAUGGUUGGAGAGGGAGGCGGAGACCGGGAAAUGGAGGUUCGUGGGGAGGGAUUCGUUCACGUACCCAGUGUUUCAAGCCGGACCCAGGAUUUGUCUGGGGAAGGAGAUGGCUUUCCUGCAGAUGAAGAGGCUGGUUGCUGGUGUUUUGUGGCGGUUUAGGGUGGUGCCAGCGGUGGAGGAGGAAGGUGUGGAGCUGGACCCGGUAUUCAUAUCGUACUUGUCGUCUAAGAUGAAAGGUGGUUUUCCGGUGAUUAUUAAGGAAAGGGAGUGAUGACAAUUUCUGAUAUUUUUAAGGUCACCUAUGGUGUUGUAUGUUAUUAUAUUUACGUACGUGAGAGGUGACAUCAGCUGGAUGGAUUAGUCAAACUGCCCUUAUUUAUUUAUUUUUUUUGUACGUUGUUUGUAUUUGAUAUAAGUAUUCUAUAAUUAAGGUUUGUAUUUAGGAUAGACUAAUUCUCUAAGGAUUAGUCUCUACUCUCUACUAAUUGUUUAUGUAAAAGUCCAUAGAUACUGAUGAAUUAACGGUAUCUAAGAGGCAGUAAUAAUAUCUACAUGUUGGAAUUAAAUAUUAGUUUGUUUUUGGUUUUUUUUUUCCACCUUAGAAGGUAAAUCAUGGGACACU